AUGAAAUUCUUAAUUGUUGUUCAAGUGAUAUCUUUACUUUUCGUGUUCUUUUUCAUUGUUUUCGUGGUUAUCACUGACGGAAGUGUUUACGGUUUUUCUGUUCAAAACUACAACAACAAUGAUGACAACCAAGAGAAUUUAAAGUAUAAAUACACAGACACACAACUCAAUGUUUCUAAUUUUAAUUACAAAGGCAAGUGUUCUAAGGUGUUCAAAUACAAGAAAAACAAUCCUCGCGACUUAUUUUUAACAGCAAUUUACUUCAAAAAUCCAAAUGUUUGGUUUAAUAUCAAAGACAGAGCAGUUCGCUGUUUAAAAGUGGCUCAGUCUGGUAUCCCCGAUGCAACAAGAAAAGUUCUUCUUCUUUCUGAAAAUGAAAUUCCAGACUUUACAAUGACGAUGAAUGAGUUGGGUGUGUCAGUCGAAAACCAUCCAAUUAACAAGACUUUCACCAAUGGCGCCGUUCUAAGGUAUUUUGCAACGUAUGACUAUUUGAGUCAAAAUCAAGAGAAAUACGACCGAGUUGUUUUUGGCGAUUUUAAAGACAUUUACUUCUUUGCUGAUGGGUUUGCCACAUUCGAUGCGAACGACUUGAUUUUCUUAAUAGAAUGCAAAGGCGUUAAUAGUAUGAAAACGUGUUUGACACUGGCAGAGCCAACAAAUAGAGGGUGGAUACGAACAUCCUUUGGUAAAGAUAUAGCAGACAAGUAUGCAAAUAAUAAGACGUUGUUGUCCAAUGUUGGUGUUGUUCUUGGCGGGACAAAGAAAAUGUUGAAGUAUCUUGAAAUAUUCAAAGACAAUGUUAUUCCCGAAAAGGCAGAUAAUUGGGGACACGACCAAGCUCUCCACAACAAGUUGUUGUAUUCGGGAUAUUUUGAGAGUCUGAAUUACACCAAAGACUAUUGUACACAACGAGUGUGCUUUAGUGAAGAUAAAAGCGUUGUUUGGAAUCAAAAGAAAAAGGCUUUAUAUACAAGAGGAACGGGGUGUGCUCCUGUUAUUAGGCAUAAAAUCAGGUUUAAAAAUUCAAAAAUCUUAUAUGAAUAA